UUUUUAUCUGAACACGAAGAAGAAGCGAGGUUUCUUCCGCCGUCAUCACGUGACGUAACUUCCUUUCUGUCCGUGCUAACCUCGAAGUGAACACGCGCCCUUCUUCUAGCUCAAAGAUGCGUUACGUCGCCGCUUACCUGCUCGCCUCCCUGGGUGGCAAUGCAAACCCUGCGACCAAGGACAUCAAGAAGAUCCUGGAAAGUGUUGGCAUUGAGGCCGACGACACACGCCUGGACAAGGUCAUCACUGAGCUCACAGGCAAGAAUGUGGAGGAGGUGAUUGCCACAGGUUACGGUAAACUGGCCAGCGUGCCAGCAGGUGGUGCUGUGGCCGUUGCCAGCUCUGCGGCUCCUGGCUCAGGCGGAGCUGCUGCCCCUGCAGCUGCUGAGGAGAAGAAGGAAGAGAAGAAGGAGGAGUCUGCCGAAGAGUCCGAUGACGACAUGGGAUUCGGCCUGUUCGACUAAACUCUUUUCGACUAUGAAUAAAAUUUAUAAGAAACACCAAA